CAGAAUCCUUGGGAUCAUCCAGGGGAUGACAAACGUGCCUUAAACAAUUUCUUGCAGACUAUUGAUGAGACCGUCAUCCUUUUUCUUGGAAAAUACAAAAGUGCCUUAAUCUGUUUAUUGCUGUUUAUUGCUGUGAUUUUUCUUGGAAAAUGCAAAAGAGAAAUGGGAAAGACAAUAAAGGAACUCCAGGAAGAAAAGGGAGAUUCUGAAAAGAGAAUGAGAGAAAUGGAAAAGACAAUAAAAGAUCUCCAAGGGGUAAAGGAGGAACCCCAGGAGCAAAUGGGAGAAAUGGAAAAGACAAUAAAGGAACUCCAGGAGGAAAUAGGAGAAAUGGAAAAGACAAUAAAAGAUCUCCAGGAGGAAAAGGGAGAAAUGGAAAAGACAAUAAAAUAUCUCCAGGAGGAAAAGCGAGAAAUGGAAAAGACAAUAAAGGAGCUCCAGGAGGAAAAGGGAGAAAUGGAAAAGACAAUAAAGGAACCCCAUGAGCAAAUGGGAGAAAUGGAAAAGACAAUAAAUGAAAUGAAGAAGGAAUUAGAAUGGAGAACAGCUCGGAACAAUUCAGAUGACAUCACUCUUAAUGGAGUCACAGCCCACCCCAACCUCUCCAUUUCUGGGGAUAAGAAGAGUUUUACACAUGAAGCCCAACCUCAAAAAGUUCCACCAAAUCCAGAGAGGUUCGAUUCGACCGUCUGUGUGUUGGGCUCUGAAGAAUUCUCCUCUGGAAAGCACUACUGGGAGGUGGAGGUUGUGAGCAGCACUGACUGGGACCUGGGGGUGGCCAGAAAGUCAACACAGAGAAAAGGAAAACUGUCCUUGUCCCCUAGAGAGGGAUUCUGGGCUCUGGGUCUGAGUGGGAGAGAUUAUUGGGCAAAAACAGACCCAUGGACCCGGGUCAUAGUGCAGAAAAAGCCCAAGAAAAUUGGAAUUUACCUUAGUUACCAAGAGGGGCAGGUGAUUUUUUUCAAUGUAACUGACAUGUCUGUGUUGUUCACAUUUAACAAUUGCUCAUUCUCAGGAGAGGUUUAUCCAUUCUUUAAAAAUUCCCACAAAGAAACAACAAUGAGAAUUUGUUCAACUAAAGAGGAGUAAAUAUAACAUGACUCUGAGGCUGAUUUUAUACUGAUGUAACUGAAAUCAAGGUUUUCAUGAAUGUAUUUUGAUGUAAAAAAUCUUUGUUUUUUUAAG